AUGGCUGAGAACAAGCCCGCGGUCAUCUGUGUCUUCUGCGGCUCAUCGGCAGGUAAAGACCCAGUCCACCUUGAAGCAGCCCGAGCGCUGGCCUACGAGUUCCACAAACACAAUGUCCAACUGGUCUACGGCGGUGGCACUACAGGACUAAUGGGCGAGAUUGCCAAGACUCUCGUCUCCCUCUCCGGCCCCAAGGCCGUUCACGGCGUUAUCCCCAGAGCCCUGGUAAAAGUAGCGGGCAAGAGCUCUGAGAAUGGCAGCGCCACUCCCGACGAGACCGGUGGCAAGGCUGCGGAGCGAGUACUCGCGCAGGCGGAAGAGGGUGAAGAUAUCCCCGAGUCGGAAUACGGAGUUACUACGAUCGUACAUGAUAUGCACACGCGCAAGCGGUUGAUGGCUACAAUGGUGUUGGAGGGUGGACCCGGGUCCGGCUUUGUUUCUUUGGCCGGUGGCUUUGGUACGAUUGAGGAGGUUAUGGAGAUGACCACCUGGAACCAGUUGGGGAUUCACCGCGUUGGCGUGGUAUUGUUGAAUAUUAAUGGGUACUGGGAUGGUUUGCUUGCUUGGGUGCGUAAUGCCGUUCAGCAAGGAUUCAUCACUGGAGAGAAUGGGUCGAUCCUGGCCGAGGCGCAAACCGUCGAGGAGGUUGUGCCUAAGUUGUUGGAGUACCAGUGCAGUUGUGAUCGGAUGCAGUUGAACUGGGGCGAGGAAUAA